AUGGGUUUCCAGGCCAUCUUUGCCCUCGUCGCUCUUGCCGGCCUGACCGCCGCCACGGCCGUCCAGGCGCGCCAGGACAUCAGUGCUGAUGACGCCGAGCUAACCGGAAAACGCAAGGCGGCCGCCGACAGCUUGGAUAGGGAAUCCAAAGGUCCCGAAAGCCUGGAAACGAUCUUGAAGGCGCACGUGUGCGAGCCGAUCAAGCUCGAGAAUGAGCUGGACCCGGAGAAGCUCGAAGGGGAGUCGGCCAAGUACAACAAAGACCUCGAGACUUGGACCACACAGAGCGACGAGAACAUGGAGACGCUCAAAGAAACCACUGUAUCUCGUCACUGCCCUGGCCGUGUCAAGGCCCUCAUGAUUUCAAGCUCGCCAGGAACGGCAGACGGCCCUCGAGCACACAUUGUCAACCCAUUUGCCCUUGAAUGCCUUCGAGAUCUCGGGCUAGAGGAAGACGCCAUCGCUCAUGGAGUCCGUGGAAAGGCCAUGUCGUCUAUGCGAUGGUGUCGCACCAUGGUCGGCGAGGACUACGGCAAAGUCCACGCCUGGGGCGAAUCUCCCAAGACUGCCCACGACGGGAGGAUAGCCUCUCCCUGCGAGUUCCUCGACUUGCCGCAACACUGGAUGGAGCCGCUGCUUGUCCGCUAUGCGACCCACCAUGGAGUCGAGAUGCGCUUCAAGACGGAGCUCGUCAGUUUUGAGCGCCAAGAGGAGUCGGGGGCCAUCAUGUGCACGCUCCGAGACCUCACGACACAACAUACCUACCUCGUGCAGACCGGAUACCUCUUCGGGGCCGACGGAGGGCGCAGCACCGUGGCGCGGUCGGCAGAGGCCAACUUUUCGUUCGACUCCAAGCCCUCCAAGGGUGUGGCGUGCAACAUCCUGCUCAAGGCCGACCUGUCACACGUCAUGAACGCCAACGAGCGCUUCGGCGGGUUGAAUUGGCUCAUGCAGCCGGACCUCAAGGCGAGGUUCGGCAUCGCCCCAGCGCUGCGCAUGGUCCGGCCUUGGCACACAUGGCUCAUGGUCGCCUUCGCGCCGGGAGAGAAGACGGACCCGUUCCGGGGUCUGACCCCAACCAGCCCCCACCUGCUCGAGUAUCUGCGCCUGAGCAUCGGGGACCCAGACGUCGACAUCGAGGUGCUCAAGGUGGACCCGUGGAUGAUCCGGGAGUCGGUUGCUCUCAACUUUGGCUGCGGAAGCAAAAGCCAGGAUGAUGACGACAACAGCGACAAGGGCAAGGACGACUGCCAUGACAUUUUCAUACUGGGCGACGCGGCCCACCGACACCCGCCAUCGUACGGGCUCGGUAGCAACACAGGCAUCCAGGAUGCCUACAACCUGGGUUGGAAAGCCGCGUUCGUGGGCCGGGGCCUGGCUGGCCCGUCCCUCCUGAACAGCUACAGUGCGGAGCGGCAGCCGGUCGGCGCAGACCUUGUGCGCAUCUCGAACGAGGGCAUGGUUUGCCACGCCGCUGUGUGGCGGCAGCUGGGCAUGAUGGCACCCACGGCUGAGGACGGGCUGCGGCAGGUCCAAGAGUUGGGCGAGGCGAGCGCGGCGGGUGCGGAGCGCCGGGCGAAGCUCCACGAGGCGCUUGAGAACAUGCGUAGCGAGUGCGAGAGCCUGGGGCUGGCCAUGAACCAGUGGUACCGAUCCGGGGCCGUCUACCUGGACGACGAGACGGCGGCGCGACCUGAGCUCAAGGGUGACCCCAUCGUCGACAUACAGAUCAGCACCUACCCCGGCAGCAGGCUCCCGCACGCCUGGCUCAAAGUACCGAGGCGCGGCAACGAGCUGUCGACCCAAGACCUCGCGGGCGGCGGGUCGUUCUGUCUGCUUACAGGACACGGCGGAGAGGGCUGGCGCGAAGCGGCGGAUGCAAUCGCCAAGGAGACCGGGAUCCCCAUCAAGACUUUUGCCAUUGGAUUCGGGCUAGAUUACCACGACGUUCAUCGUCAAUGGGCUGCGAGGCGCGAGGUGGGUGAGGACGGUUGCGUGCUUGUGCGACCCGACCGUUUCGUGGCGUGGAGGGCCACUGGAGCCGUUGCCGACUGCAAGGCCAAGCUUGGCGCUGUCCUGGACCGGAUCCUGUCGAGAGACGAGCUAAAAAGGGUGAAUGGCGAGGCUAUAGUGCGAGCAUGA